AUGGGACAGCUACCCAAAGAACGUCUAAUACCGGGUCCUCCGUUUGACAAAACCGGUGUUGAUUACGCCGGGCCUUUUACAAUAAAAGAUAAGAAGGGACGUGGGGCUAAGCAUAGCAAGUGUUAUAUUUGUCUAUUCGUAUGCUUUGCCACCAAGGCCGUACAUCUAGAACUCGUAACAGAGCUUAGUAAAGAUGCCUUUAUUUUGGCUUUGAAGCGAUUCGUGUCACGAAGAGGCCGACCUACCCAAAUAUUUUCUGAUAACGGUACAAAUUUCGUGUCUGCUGCGUCAGAACUUAAGUUAUUAGGAAAAUUUUUAGCUAAACAUGAACGUAGUAUAACCGAAUCCGCGUCAUUAGAAAACAUCGAUUGGAAAUUUAUUCCUCCCCAUUCUCCGCAUUUCGGUGGCUUAUGGGAAGCCGGUGUCAAAUCGAGCAAGCAUCAUUUAAGACGGGUGUUAGGCAAAACAAGUCUCACCUUUGAAGAACUUUAUACGCUGAUCGUUCAGGUUGAGGCAGUCUUGAACUCGAGACCCUUGUUUCCCAUGUCAAACGAUCCUAAUGAUCUACAUCCCAUCACUCCGGCUCACUUUCUUAUAAGCAGGCCAUGUACCACGUUGCCUGAACCUGACUUGAGAGAAGUUCCCGUAAAUAGAUUAAGCCGUUUUCAAUUAAUAAGCAAACUGAGACGAGAUUUCUGGGUCCGUUGGCAGAAAGAGUAUCUCAGCGAGUUACAGCAACGAACCCGUUGGAAGAAAAACUGUGGCAGUCUGCGCUGUGGUUCAUUAGUACUAAUCAAAGACGACAAUCUUCCUCCGCAAAAAUGGAAACUAGGACGUAUUGUGACGCUACAUCCAGGAUCAGACAACAUAGCCAGAGUUGCAACCAUCCGCACUUCUGGUGGCGACGUCAAGAGAAGUUUCUCAAAAAUCUGCCCUUUGCCUAUCAGUGACAGUCAUUACUAA